UAACGGAGACACCAAAAAGUAUAUAAGCAGGAGCAAUCCUUUCAUUUGCAUCUUCAGAACCGCAAGAGAAAGUCCCGGUGGAGAAAGAGAGAGAGGUCCAUUCGGAUAAAGAUGAGGAUCCAUCUUAAAGUCUGUGCCCUUCUUCUCUUGGUGACGGCAAAUUAUAUUGCUGCCGAGCCAGAACCCGAACCGGAACCGGAACCAGAGCCAGAACCUCACCAUGAAGGAAAGCAAGUGAUCAUAUUUAAGGAUGAGACGGAGCAUUUCCAUCAUCAUCAUCACCACCAUCACCAUCACCACAAACAUGGUCACGACCAUAAACAUGCACAUGGUCAUGAGCACAAGCAUGGACACGAGCACAAACAUGCACAUGAGCACAAGCAUGGGCACAAACACGAGCACGGCCAUAAGCAUGGACAUGUGCAUAAGCACGCCCAUGGUCACAAGCAUGAACACGGGCAUAAACACGGCCAUGCACACAAACACGAGCAUGGGCAUAAACACGCCCACGGCCACAAACAUGAGCAUGCCCAUAAACACGCCCAUGGUCACAAACACGCUCACGGACAUAAGCACAUUCAUGGGCACAAACACGGACACGAGCAUAAACACGGACACGCUCACAAGCAUGAACAUGGUCAUAGUCACGGACAUGCACAUGAACACGCCCAUAAGCAUGGACACGGACAUAAACACGACCACGGUCAUAAGCACGGACAUGGGCACAAGCAUGGUCAUUUGCACAAGCACGGGCACGGCCACAAACAUGAGCAUGGACAUAAGCAUGGACAUGGACAUGCUCAUGAACACGGUCAUAAACAUGGCCACGCUCAUGGACACAAGCACGGCCAUGCUCACGGGCACAAGCACGCACAUGGACACAAACACGCUCAUGAACAUGGUCACAAACACGGUCAUGGUCAUAAACACGGACACGAACAUAAGCACGGCCACGAACACGCUCAUGGUCAUAAACACGAACACGGACACAAGCAUGGACAUGGGCAUAAACACGGGCAUGCGCACGAACACGGACAUGGUCAUAAACACGGGCAUAAGCAUGGUCACAAGCACGGGCACGAACACGCUCACAAAUGGAUCGGCUACAUCACGGGAGGCAAAGGUUUCCAUGCAGAACCACACGCAAUCGAGGAACCCAAGAAGCUGCACCACAGUUUCGACGAGGAGCCAGAACAUGGUUAUGGGCUUGACAUCGAGCCUGAACACCAUAGCAUCGACGAACCAGAGCACGAAUUCUACGAAUCCAAAGCUGUCGAAGUGGUGGCACCCCUUACAGGUUUCAAAACAGAAAUCAAGCAUGAACCCCUUCUGGGUGGAAGCCAAGGCAUAACGACAGAAUACCGACAUUUUGGCGCCGCUGCAGCCUCUUCACCCCUUGUAGGGAAAUUGUGAACGCUUCUUUAGCUUUCCUCCGGGUAUGAAGGAAGUUUUUGAACUGCAGAUUGAUUUCCGAGUCCAAUGCAUGAGUGAUGAGGCUGGCCAGUUACUUAUCGGACUUUGAAAAUGGGAAGUGAUGAUCACAUUUUCUGUCAACAAGAACUAAGUCGGUGAUAAACUUGAAGGCGCAAGCCAGGUAUCAUUUUGUUUCAGUCAACGAUGAUAUUCAUCGUUGAAGCUUCAGGGUAUGGGAUGGACGUAUUCAAAUGGUUUGUUGCAUGAAUCGAAUGCAUGUAAUUUAUUUCUUUACGAGAAUGUAAAAUGAAUUUUCGUUACAGAAAAUAUAGGAAGAUUAGAAUAAAAUAAUUUAUUUUAUA